AUGCGUCUCCGCGAUGACCCCAUGCCGCCUCAACCUUCCACAUCUCAGGCACCUGCACAGCCAACCGCACCCGCUCCAACUACCCGUUCUCGCAAGCGUAAAUCUCCCCCAACAGCAACAACCCAACCGCCGCCGCCACCACCGCCGCAGCUCCAGCAGCCUCCACCCGGCAUAUUUCUUCCUCCUAUGUUGCCGCCCCCGCAUGGACAUCACCCACCACCUAUGCCAAUUUAUUUCUCUGGCCCUCCAGGCCCGGAGUAUGGUGGCCCUCCACCUCACCCCUCUCCGGGUGAGCAGCCUGCCCCGCAGAUUGAGGGUCAGCCUGGUGCUGCUGACGAUCCAAAGCUCAAUGGUCGCCCUUUGAGUCAGACCAAGCGGGCAGAGCAAAAUAGGAAGGCACAGAGAGCGUUCAGGGAGCGCAGAGAUCAGCACGUUAAAGCCCUCGAGUCGCGUUCUCAACUGCUUGAUGCAGCACUCGCGUCCGCGGAUGAGGCAAAUCGUCGGUGGGAAGAGUGUCGUGCACUUAAUGAUAGGCUUCGUGACGACAUCACACAUCUCCGCGAGGAAAACACGCACCUUCGUCAACAGCUGGAUGAGCUGUGCUCCCAGAUUCCACAGGGUUUGCUCUCACACCUCAUGCCCCAGCAGCCACAGCCGCCAGCAGCGGCUGAUGCGGAUGCAAAGGAUGACGCUUCGAACCCUUCUAAGGAGUGA